CGUUUUCAAAGACUCGUCAUAUCUCGUGUUGACUUCGAAGUUAUACGAAAACAUGAUGCGUGGUGCAGACAUAGAAGCAGCCGCCGCCGCCGGGUCCUGGCACAGUAAUGGCUCUCCACCUCAGGUUCGUGAAGCAGCUGGAGCAACUCGUCCCUAUGAGCCAAUUCGCGUACCAAGCGACGAGUCUUGUGGUCCAUCUUCCUACCGUCCUUCUGUACUUGCCAGCGAACGCGUCCUUCUCUGGACCACUCCUCACGGUGUCACUUUUCAAAAUCAGCUAGAACAACUUUAUCCAGAGUCCUAUGUAGUCAAAUUAUUCUUUGUCAUGGCAGAGUCCCUUGACGAACGCACCCGCAAUGACUACGGUGCAGGCCUACUACAUUUUAAUCAAUUCUGUGAUCGUCUCUCCAUACCGGAACAAGACCGCAUGCCUGCCUCUGAGGUCCUUCUUUCCAUCUUCAUUGCAGAUGCUGCCGGUUCUAUCUCCAGUAGCACCGCGAACAAUUGGCUUGCUGGCCUUCGCUUCUGGCAUGUCAUUAACGGCGCUCAGUGGCACGGUGAGCGCUCAGAAUGUCUUCGUCACGUCCAGCGUGGUCUUCGCCUUCUCGCCCCGCCAAACUUGAAUCUCCAGCAUCUUCCGAUCACUCUCGAGUCGCUCAUUCAGUUACACCAAGGCCUUGACUACUCCAAUACCUUCGAUACAGCAGUCCUAGCCAUAGCUUGUCUCAUUUUCUGGUGUGGUUGUCGUCUGGAGGAACUGAUCAUUCCCACUUUUGAUUCCUUUGAUAUGACCAAGCACGUAACCCGCUCUAUCUUGCCCAUUGUUACUCAAGAGUCAAACAAUGUACGUCACUCGACCUUCCACAUACCAUGGACCAAAACCACCGGUAAUAAUGGCGCUGACAUCAAUGUUACCUCCCGAGACCAUCUUACAUGUCCUCAUGCAGCUCUCUUUCGUCACCUUGAGGCCAAUCCCAACAUUCCAUCUCACGCUCCUCUCUUCUCCUUCCAGACCCCCACCGGUGCCUGGACUUCCAUGACUGAACAGUGGUUCCUGAAGCGCUGCAACCAAUUCUGGGGCCCCUGAUAUGAAUCGGCGGAGCCAAAGUUUCUCGUAGACCCGGGGUGUGUUACCUCAGACGUAGUCACCAUUAAAGGCUGGCAAAAUAUCGCACUUUCUUAACCUAUCAACGCCGCAUCGCAGCCCUUAAUAAUCGAUCCUGCUUUCUCGCAUAUCACUGCUCUCGUUCGCAUACAUUCAGUCAUACAAUACAUGCAACGUCAUCGUAUUUUGCUUCCCACUGCCGUAUCACGCACUUCCCAUUCACGCAUUUCGCACGAGAAUCACCGUUUUCCGUUAUCGCUGUUGUUAUGUAUCAGUAGCAUACCACACGGUAGAAUGUCACAAUUUGACCAGGCC